GCCGCCGCAGCACGCCGAGCCGAGCUCCGCCGGGCGGAGAGCAGGUUAACCAUGGAGGCUGGCUCAGUGGUUCGAGCCAUCUUUGACUUCUGCCCCAGUGUAUCAGAAGAACUGCCACUCUUUGUGGGAGAUAUCAUUGAGGUGUUGGCAGUGGUGGAUGAAUUUUGGCUUUUCGGAAAGAAAGACGAUGUGACAGGACAGUUCCCCAGCAGUUUUGUGGAAAUUGUGACCAUUCCCAGCCUGAAAGAGGGAGAGAGGCUGUUCAUCUGCAUCUCUGACUUUACAUCCCACGAACUAAACAGUCUUCCCCUGCACCGAGGUGACCUAGUGAUCCUCGAUGGCUCUCCCACUUCAGGCUGGCUGCAGGGUCGCAGCUGCUGGGGUGCCCGGGGCUUUUUCCCGUCCUCGUGUGUGAAUGAGCUCUGCCUCUCCUCCCGAAGCCGGCGGUGGCAUUCACAGAGCACCCAGCUCCACAUUCCUGACUAUUCGAUGGGUCAAGCGCGGGCACUGAUGGGGCUCUCUGCCCAGCUGGAUGAGGAGCUGGACUUCAGAGAAGGGGACGUGAUUACCAUUAUUGGAGUUCCUGAACCAGGCUGGUUUGAAGGGGAGUUAGAGGGCCGAAGAGGAAUCUUUCCAGAAGGUUUUGUAGAGCUCUUGGGGCCCCUGAGGACUGUGGAUGAGUCCGUAAGUUCCGGAAAUCAAGAGGAUUGCAUUGUUAAUGGUGAAUUAGAUACCCAUGCAGAAGAGGAGAGAGGGCCGGAGGAGGGUGGUGAGGAAGCAGGGACCUACGGGAUUGCCCUUUACAGAUUCCAAGCCCUGGAGCCAAAUGAGCUAGACUUUGAAGUAGGCGAUAAGAUCCAGAUCCUGGGGACCCUGGAAGAUGGCUGGCUAGAAGGAUCACUGAGGGGCAGGACAGGCAUUUUUCCUUACCGGUUUGUAAAGCUAUGUCCUAAAACAAGGGUGGAAGAAACCGUGGAUCUGCCGCAGGAAAGUAUCCCUGAAACAUCUUUGGAUUAUUCAGAAAACACCUUAGUAAUGGAGGAAAAGAGACAUGAAUCUCAUGAGUAUGAGGCAGAAAGGCCUAACUGUGUUAUUUCUGAAGCAUUCACUUCUUCCCCAGAGCAUCUGACUUCUGAAUAUGAAGUAAAUAAAAGCUCUCAUCAGGAUGGGGGCACCUCAGGAGGGCCCCCCAGAAGCCCAGGUGUGGGGCAUGAACAGCCUCAUCCCAAAGACUCUUCCAUGAAGGUUGCCUCAGAGGCAGUCAAUGGUGUUCCCACCCAACCUCAGAUACCUCUCCACCCCACACUGCAGAAGCCCCAGUGUUACUCUCCAGCAGGCGGGAGCCUUCCACGCCCACACCAGUACCCUGACCCCACUCCCCGGGAAGCGCAGAUGCGAGACUACUUCAGCCUCCCUCCCAGAGGAACAUACUCCCUGCCCAGCACCCUCCAGAAGCCCUUGUCUCCUCUUCACAGCGGCUCUUCCCUCUUGCCCUCUGGAGGGAUAGUCAGGCCCAACCAGUUGAGUCCUCAGCCCCAGAGUGCGGCAAGGUGUGCUAAAAAGUACCACAUACCCAAAGAAAAUGCUUCCAGCUUUUACUCAGCAUCAGAGAAAUCAGAGCUGAAGCCAGGUCCACACGACAGGGUGCCCACAAGGGAAGCACGCUCACUUUCCCAGGGAGAUGGCCAUGCCGACCUGGAUUCUAAGUUGACGCAGCAGCUGCUGGAGUUUGAGAAGAGUGUGUCAGCGCCCGGCACAGAAACCGAUGCAACUUCGCGCCACUUUUCAUUCAUGGACUUUCACUCUGAGAGGGAUGUUGUCCAAGGUUCCUCAAAGCUGAUUACCCAGCAUGAGCUGCCUGGGAGGAGAAAGACUCUGAGGCCACCACCUCCUCGGCCCAGCAUGCCAGCAUCCCCUUCUCCCCAUGGGCUGGGUGACCAGAACCUGAAGCCUGAGCUGCCCUUGGCAGUGCGACCCUCUCGCCCAGCUCCCCUGCCUCCGGCAGCACAGCAGAAGGCGAAUGCUGUACCCCCCAAGCUCCUAGCUACUCACCACCCUAGUUGUGAGGCCCUAAGAAAGGAGGGCCCAGAGAAUAUGGAAAAGAGUUUGGACCAAAUUCCUCCGUGCCCCUUAGUAUUGGUGAGGAUUCAGGAAAUGGAGCGGGACCUGGAUGUGUAUAGCAGGGCUCAGGAAAAGCUAAACUUAAUGCUCGAGAAGCAAGUAGACUCAUUAAGGACAGAGACCCUAGGAAAUCUUGAGUUCUACGAGAGUAACAUCGAAAGUUUGAAUAUGGAACUCCAGCACCUUAGAGAAAUGACACUCCUCUCCUCCCAGUCUUCAUCACCGAUGGCCUCUUCUGGGUCUGUGUCUACUGGUAACCCCGAACAGAGGAUGCUGGAAAAGAGAUCUAAGGUCAUAGAAGAACUUCUUCAGACAGAGAGAGACUACAUCCGGGAUCUGGAAAUGUGCAUUGAGCGGAUCAUGGUACCCCUGCAGCAGGCACAGGUACCAAACAUUGAUUUUGAGGGACUUUUUGGAAAUAUGCAGAUGGUGAUUAAGGUCUCAAAGCAAUUAUUGGCUGAUCUGGAAAUCUGCGAUGCCUUAGGACCUGUGUUUCUUGGUCACCGGGAUGAGCUUGAGGAAAUAUACAAGGUUUACUGCCAGAAUCACGAUGAGGCCAUUUCACUGCUGGAAAUCUAUGAGAAGGAUGAAAAGAUCCAGAAGCAUCUUCAGGACUCCCUGGCAAAUCUUAAGAGCCUGUACAACGAAUGGGGAUGCACAAAUUACAUUAACCUGGGCUCCUUCCUCAUCAAACCAGUGCAGAGAGUCAUGCGCUACCCGCUGCUGCUCAUGGAGCUGCGGAAUUCCACCCCGGACUCCCACCCAGAUAAAGUGCCUUUAACCAAUGCAGUCCUGGCAGUCAAGGAAAUCAACAUCAACAUUAAUGAGUAUAAACGUCGAAAGGACCUGGUGCUCAAGUACCGGAAGGGUGAUGAAGACAGCCUCAUGGAGAAAAUUUCCAAACUGAACAUCCACUCCAUCAUCAAGAAAUCCAACCGAGUCAGCAGUCACCUGAAGCACCUCACAGGCUUUGCUCCACAGAUAAAAGACGAAGUUUUUGAAGAAACAGAAAAGAACUUCCGAAUGCAAGAAAGAUUAAUCAAAUCUUUUAUCCGAGACCUGUCUCUCUACCUCCAGCACAUCCGGGAGUCAGCGUGUGCGAAGGUGGUGGUUGCCAAGAGCAUGUGGGAAGUGUGCAUGGAGAAGGGGCACAGAGACCUGGAGAAGUUCGAGGAGGUGCAUCAAUACAUCAGUGAUCGGCUCUUCUUGAAAUUUAAGGAGAGGACCGAGCGGCUUGUCAUCGCUCCCCUCAAUCAGUUACUGAGCAUGUUCACGGGGCCGCACAAGCUGGUACAGAAGCGCUUUGACAAGCUUCUGGACUUCUAUAACUGUACGGAACGGGCAGAGAAGCUCAAGGACAAGAAGACCCUGGAGGAGCUGCAGUCGGCCCGGAACAACUACGAGGCCCUGAAUGCCCAGCUGCUGGAUGAGCUGCCCAAGUUCCACCAGUACGCCCAGGGCCUCUUCACCAACUGCGUGCACGGCUACGCAGAAGCCCACUGCGACUUUGUGCGCCAGGCGCUGGAACAGCUGCAGCCGCUGCUGUCGUUACUUAAAGUUGCCGGCAGAGAGGGGAACCUGAUCGCCAUCUUCCAUGAGGAGCACAGCAGAGUUCUGCAGCAACUCCAGGUUUUCACCUUCUUCCCAGAGUCCCUUCCAGCUACCAAGAAGCCAUUUGAAAGGAAAAGCAUGGAUCGCCAGUCUGCUCGAAAGUCCCUGCUGGGCCUGCCCAGUCACAUGCUACAGUCAGAGGAACUCCGCGCCUCGCUGCUGGUGAGGUACCCCCCUGAGAAGCUUUUCCAAGUGGAGCGGAACUUCAAUGCGGCUCAAGACUUGGACGUCUCCCUUCUGGAAGGCGACCUGGUGGGUGUGAUCAAAAAGAAGGACCCCAUGGGCAGUCAGAACCGCUGGCUGAUUGACAAUGGAGUGACCAAGGGCUUUGUGUACAGCUCCUUCCUGCGGCCCUACAACGCCCGCCGCAGCCACUCCGACGUCUCCGUGGGCAGCCACUCCUCCACCGAGUCGGAGCACAGCGGCUCCUCCCCCCGAGUCCCGCGGCAGAACAGUAGCAGCACUUUGACCUUCAACCCCUGCAGCGUAGCUGUGCCCUUUAACUCAGGACCUAGCCUGAAACAGCCUCAAGACGCAUCUUCAGUGAAGGAACCGGAACAAGGAGCACUCAGCACGUCCUUACCCUCUGGUAACUCCGAGAGCAGCCCUUCCAGGUGCCCUUCAGAUGCCGACGCCACCCCCCAGCCCAGGCCCCGGGACACUGCAGACGCUGCUAGAGACACCAACCAGCCUGCCCACUCCUUGAGGAGCCUCCGUAACUCCCAACACCCAGAAAUGGUUGGUUACCUCAUGCCGGGGCGAAAUGGGCAGGGAAAGGACCAUGUUAAAGGGUGUGCAAGGACAGCUCAGCCUCUGGAAAGCAAAAAGGAAGAGCCAGGAAGCAGUGAGGCAGAAGGCAACCAGGUCUACUUUGCUGUCUAUACCUUCACGGCGCGGAACCCUAACGAGCUGAGUGUGUCGGCCAAUCAGAGACUCAAGAUCCUGGAGUUUAAAGACGUGAUGGGGAACACAGAGUGGUGGUUGGCGGAGGUGAAUGGGAGGAAGGGCUAUGUCCCCUCCAAUUACAUCCGCAAGGCUGAGUACACCUGAGCACGGCCUGGGCCCGGUCAGCCUCGCUGCCUGCGCUUGCCUUCUGCUGAGGGUUCCGGUGACCCCUGUGAGGGCGCCUGAGACCUGGCCCCCGCCCAGGCACAGGGGGGCACUGGCUACAUCUUGUUCUCCCUGGUUGGGUUGUCAGCCUUGAGCUCACUAGAUUUUUAGAAUUUGAAGUGGACUCUGGGACUUGAAAAUAAUUCCAUGACCAUGAGAAGAGAGGCGAGUCCUGGGGUCCCGGCCUUUGGAAAUGAGACAUUUCCCAUCAGACCAGAGUUCUGUGCGUGCUAGAAGCUGUGGUGCAGCGACAGAGGGCGUUGGCUGCACCCUACCAACUGCGGGGUGGCUCCAGGCCCCGGGAUCAACUGACUUGGAUGGAGAGAUGUCUCUGGGAGCCCUUUUUAGGCUGUGCCUCCGCGUGUGGCAAGGAGUUUGUUGAUUGUACCAAAUCCAGUGUUUUCAUGCUUCGGUGUCCAGCCCAUCUUCUCUCACACACCCCCCUCAAAUUUCUAAAAGUGCUGCAAAUACCACCCUCUGUAAUCUCUUAUUUCACGUGAUUCCAGGUCAGUUAUGCAAAAUUCCCCUGCUUUCUUUCUCUGAAAGUACAGCAUCUUUCCUUUCCUCCAGACCUUCACCUGCAGGGUCUCUCCCCUUAGAGGGACUGUCCUCUCCACUGUGCACAGGCUGCGUGCUCCGCCUCCUCACCUCUCCUGUGAAACACCAACCAGUAGGUUCUCCUAGGACAAGACCGGGGGCUCCUGCUCCUUCGUUACAAGCUCAGCUCCCCACUGAGCCCGGGCAGGCCCGCCGAUGGAAGCAGGGUGCUGUCUCCUUCAGCCGAGCACACUACUGUCCACGCACAGAGUACACGAGGUCUUACCGGAACUAGGAUAGGCCGUCCCGUGGGAGGCUUUUCCUCGACUUGGAAAUAAGCAUUUCCUGCUUCACCUCCAGCCUCCGUGCUUCUGACUCUGAAGUGAAUCUCAUUCCAAAGUGCCUGGUCAGUCAUACCUCCCUCUGCCUUCAGGAAGAUAUUUGCUAACCCUUCCAUGAAGAAUCUCCCUGAAAAGUUCAUUUGAGCAGAUGGUAUUGUUAACAUCUGCCCCAGAUGCGAAGCUACCUUGAAUCAGGAAAGUUUUGUCCUAAGAGGGAAUUAAGAGUAACCUGCAUCCCUGCCCUCCACGUGCACCUUUGGCCUUAAAUCCUGACGCGUCAGGAGACACCUGUGCUUGCCGGUUGGUCAGAGGCUACAAUGCAAGUCUCUUGUAAAUAGUGUUUAUAUUUAUAGAGUUUUAUAAGUAGCUCUUUUAUAAAUAAAAGCAUUUCUAAGGGCCGUGAAUGUGUUU